AUGCAUGCGCAGUUCGACGACGAAGAACUAGAAGAAAUAAGGCGCUAUGAAGACUUCAGCACGAUAGAUUGGAUUGAAGACUCAAUUCUCGAGCGGAAUAGGCGCAUACGCGCCUCCAGGCAGCUCGGCAAUGCUUCGCAACACAGACCACGCGGAGAGAUUACCAUGGAGUGGCUGCGGUGUCAAUGGCGCCGGUUGAUAGAUACUGGGCAGAGCUGGUUCGUGGUGAGCCUUGUCGGCAUAUGUAUAGGACUCAAUGCCGCGGUCAUCUCCAUUGUGACUGAGUGGCUCUCCGAUAUCAAAAUGGGUUAUUGCUCGGACGGCUGGUGGCUGAACCAGCAAUUCUGCUGCUGGGAGGUGGAUUAUGACGAGACUGACGGAUGCGAGUCAUGGCAUCCAUGGAGUACCGUCACUCUCGCUCGUUGGAUGAUCUAUAUAUUAUUUGCGGCAGUAUUUUCAUUUACAGCUUCACAUCUUGUUCGUCAUAUAGCAAAGUACGCGGCGGGAUCUGGCAUCUCCGAGAUAAAGUGUAUUUUGGCUGGGUUCGUUAUGCAAGGGUUUUUAGGAUUCGCGACAUUUGCUAUCAAGAGUAUUACACUGCCUCUCGUCAUUGCCUCUGGUCUGUCUGUCGGCAAGGAAGGUCCAUCCGUCCAUGUCGCCUGCUGUAUAGGGUCCCUUGUCGCUGGUUUAUUCUCCCGGUUUGCCCGUAGUCAAGGCAAAAUGCGAGAAAUCAUCACCGCCGCCAGUGCUGCAGGAGUCGCGGUCGCUUUCGGUUCACCCAUCGGCGGUGUCCUGUUUUCAAUAGAGGAAAUGAGCCAUGCCUUUAGCGUGAAGACGAUGUGGAGGAGCUUCUUUUGUGCUUUAGUGGCGACGGUUACACUCUCGGCAAUGAACCCUUUUCGAACGGGCAAACUUGUACUGUUCCAGGUUACGUAUGACCGGGACUGGCACUUCUUCGAGAUCAUCUUCUUCAUCGUCCUUGGUGUAUUUGGCGGUCUGUACGGUGCAUUUGUGGUCAAGUUCAAUCUCCAAGUAGCAGCGUUCCGCCGAAGCUACCUAGCUAACCACGGGGUCGCCGAGGCUGUUACUCUGGCUAGUCUGACUGCAAUGAUCGGCUACUUUAAUCGCUUCCUCCGGACGGAUAUGACUGAGAGUCUGUCCAUCCUAUUUCGAGAAUGCGAUAAUCUAAACGACAACCUCUGCCAAACCUCCGUACAGUGGCGUUUCACCAAUUCCCUGCUCCUUGCGACCAUAAUCCGAACAGGAUUAGUAGUGAUUUCCUACGGUUGCAAGGUGCCCGCGGGUAUUUUCAUACCGUCAAUGGCUGUCGGUGCGACGUUCGGUCGUAUGGUAGGUAUAAUAGUGAAAGCUAUAUACAGGGCUUAUCCUCAAUCCGGUAUCUUUGCAUUCUGCGAACCCGAUCUUCCCUGCAUCACGCCGGGUACAUAUGCCUUCCUAGGUGCCGCCGCGGCAUUGAGUGGGGUGAUGAGAAUCACCGUUACUGUCGUCGUGAUUAUGUUUGAAUUGACUGGCGCGCUCACAUACAUCCUGCCAACUAUGAUUGUUGUCCUCGUGACGAAGGCUGUCGGAGACUUCCUUGGCACGAACGGCAUCGCGGAUGAGAUGAUACGCUUCAACGGUUUCCCUUUCCUAGAGAAGGAUGACCAUGCCUACAAUGUUUCAGUGUCAAAGGUCAUGCGGCGCGACCUACACACCCUCACAGAAUCAGGAAUGUGUGUCCAGGAAAUAGAGAAUAUUAUCGCAACUACCGACGUCAAAUGCUUCCCUAUCGUGGCUUCUGCUACUUCACGUACCCUCAGUGGAUACAUCGGUCGCACGGAGCUCCGCUACGUGCUCGAGAAGGCGCGCAAGGUGCAGCCUAUAUCCCCCAACACAUUGUGCUCAUUCAAGCCGGAGACCACGACUCACGAUGACCUUGACCUCGCGCAAGGGCCGGCAGUCGGUAUUGAGGAAGAUGUACCGACGUCAUUAUUUGACACCGCUACAUCGGGCGAUGGUCUCAAGUUUUGGCCAUGGGUGAACCAGGUUCGUGCGGCGCUCGUAUUAGCUUCUGCGCGGCUUAAACUCCUGGCUCCACAGACACCAAUCACGGUUUCUCCACAACUUCCAUUGGAAAUCGUCAUGCAGAUGUUUAAGAGAAUGGGCCCGCGCAUUAUCCUCGUUGAGGACCAUGGAGCACUAGCUGGGUUGGUGACAGUAAAGGACGUACUUCGCUUCAUAGCCACAGAAAAACCGGACCGGGAAUCCUCUUGGGAUGAGCGUGGCGGCCUGGAUGGGUUUCUGGAGGAGUUGUGGAUGUGGACUGAUGGUGCUGUACAGAAGUUUAUUGCAUGGACCAGUAGAGCUGUAGUUCGAACUCCGGCUCUCAGUCCCCCCUUGCGGCCUGGAAGCGUGAGCCAAUCAGCGGAAUUCAUUCCUGAGUGGAAGCCUCGGCAUGCACCCAACGGCUUGCAAGGGAUUCAUCAUAUAAAGGCACUCUCGCGACACACUCCUUUUCCCAGAACAUCUCCCUUUCUCUUCUGCACAAUGACCAUGACCAUCGCCUCCGACUCUGAACGACAGCGGUACUCCCAGGAACUUGCUGCGUACACGCUGCGCCAGUGGACGGCUGCACGGAGCUUGCUCGACAAGCGUCGUAUAAACGCAGAGAGCGACCAACGCUUUAUGACCCCGGCAGAACAGGCGAAAUGUAAACAAGCCAACAACCUCACCCACAACGACAUAGAGAAAAGUCGUGCGGUGAAGGCAUGA